AUGGCAGCCGAUAUUGGUCAGAUUGCUCAACUUCUUGAUGCAACUCUUGAUCCUACAGAGCAUCGCAAAGCCGAGAACGCCCUCAAGCAGGAGGCUGCUAAGUCUCAGUAUUCUCUCAGCCUUCUCAACAUCGUCAACUCCGACUCCCUACCGCUAAAGACCCGGCUCGCCGCCGCUCUGGCUUUCAAGAACUUCAUCCGAACAUCCUAUGUCGACGAAGAGGGCAACUACAAGCUGCCUCAAGAUGAGGUUCAAGUCAUCAAGGAGCGUCUAAUUGGCCUCAUGAUUUCUUCACCGGCCAACAUUCAGGCCCAGCUUGGUGAUGCUAUUAGUGUGAUCGCUGAUUCUGAUUUCUGGCGACGAUGGGAUACCCUCACGCAGGAGCUCGUCAGCCGAUUUUCCGCCACUGAUCCCAAGGUCAACGUUGGUGUUCUCGAAGUUGCACACUCUAUCUUCGCCAGAUGGAGACCCUUGUUCCGUACAGAUGAGCUCUACAUGGAGAUCAACCAUGUCAUCGAGACAUUUGGCCAGGCUUUCCUUGAACUUCUUGUGACAACCGACAAGAAAAUUGCCGAGAACAACGAUAAGAAGGAUGUGCUGCGCGGUUGGUUCGAGACUCUUGAUCUGCAAAUCAAGAUCUUGCACGAUAUGUCUUGCCACGAUCUACCUCCUAUUUUCGACGAGAACCUAGGCAGCAUCUCCGAACUUCUUCACAAGUAUCUCACAUAUUCGAACCCAUUGUUGGAAACCGACGACGACGACGAAACGAGCAUAGUCGAUACUGUUAAAGCCGAUAUUUGCGAGGUUCUCGAACUUUUUACUGUCAAGUUCGAUGAGGACUUCUCCAAGUAUUGUCAACCCUUCAUCGAGAAGGCCUGGAAUCUAUUGUCGUCUACUGGUCCCGAGACGAAGUACGAUGUGAUUGUCAGCAAGGCCCUGCAUUUUCUAACCGCCAUUGCGUCCUCCGCACAGCACUCUGGUAUCUUCAACAGUGAGGAGGUCUUGACCCAGAUCGUGGAGAAGGUCAUCCUACCCAACGUCGCGCUUCGCGAGUCGGAUGUUGAGUUGUUUGAGGAUGAGCCGAUCGAAUUCAUCCGCAGGGAUCUCGAAGGCUCUGAUACCGACUCACGACGACGAUCUGCCACUGACUUCCUCCGCAAGCUCCAGGAGCGAUUUGAAGCUCCUGUCACCACAGUAGUAUCCAAAUACAUCAGCCACUAUCUCUCCCAGGGUAGCAGUGAUUGGAAGGCUAAGGACACCGCUAUCUAUUUAUUCCUUUCCAUUGCUGCCAAGGGCGCCGUGACUGCUGCUCAAGGUGUCAAGACAGUCAAUCCUCUUGUCAACGUUGUCGAGUUUUUUGAGCAGCACAUUGCUCAGGAUCUCAUCAACUCACAGGGCGUCGAGCAUAUCUCCAAGGUAGACGCCAUCAAGUAUCUCUACACUUUCCGAAGUCAGCUGUCCAAGGAGCAAUGGAAGGUGGCUCUGGGCCCUCUGAUCCAGAACCUCAACUCGGACAACUAUGUCGUCUACUCAUAUGCCGCCAUUGCAGUAGAGCGUGUGCUGUUCCUUACGGAUGAUGCUGGUAAUGCCAUGUUUCCCCGCGCCGACAUCGAGCCCUUCGCCAAGGACCUUCUCACCCACCUCUUCAAGCUCAUCGAGAAGGAGUCCAGUCCCGCUAAGUUACAGGAGAACGAAUUCUUGAUGCGCUGCGUCAUGAGAAUUCUGAUCGUCAUCAAGGAUGGCGCCACCCCUCUGCUGGACAAUGUCUUGACCCAUCUUAUCCUCAUCACCAACGUCAUGAAGCAGAACCCCAGCAACCCUCGAUUCUACUACUAUCACUUCGAGGCUAUUGGUGCUCUUGUCCGAUACUGUGCCCCCAGCAAUGCUGCUCUUUUCAACGAGAAGCUGUGGAGCCCCUUCCACCAGAUCUUGGUCGAGGACGUCACUGAAUUCAUGCAGUACGUUUUCCAGAUCCUCGCUCAGUUAUUGGAGUCCAGCCCAUCCGAGACCAUUUCGGAUAACUACAAGGCCCUACUAGGUCCUCUCUUGAGCCCUACUCUUUGGGAGACUCGAGGCAAUGUUCCGGCGUGCACUCGUCUCUUGUCCGCUGUCAUCCCUCGAGCAUCGCAAGCGAUUCAAGCUGAAAACCAACUGGAGCCUGUCCUCGGCAUUUUCCAGAGACUUCUGAACUCAAAGAAGUCCGAGUUGCUCGCCUUUGAUAUCCUUGAUUCCAUCGUCAAAACUUUUGAGCCCACUGGAUUGGAGCAGUACUUUGCCACAAUUCUUAGGCUGAUCUACACUAAGCUUCAAGGCUCUCCCUCUGAUGCGUUCAAGCUCCGCUUUGUUCGCUUCUACCACCUCGUCUCCGCUCGCCUCGAGGCCGGUUAUGGUGCUGACUACUUCAUCAAGCAGUCCAACACGAUCGACCAGGGUGUUUUCGCUCAGGUUUAUCCUGCCUUCGUUCUGGCCGAGACUGAGCGCCUUGCUCGUCCUGUAGACCGAAAGGUCGCUGUUGUGUCACUGACAAAGACCCUGUGUGACUCUCAAGCCUUCUCUCAACAGUUCAUGAAGGGCUGGGCCAACAGCUGCCGUAAACUACUGUCGCUCCUAGUAAACCCACCCACUGUAAAUGUUGGUGGUGACGAAGUUGUUGCCGAGGCAGAUGUCGACGAUAUCGGCUUCGGCAUGUCGUUCACUGCACUCAACACCUGCAAGCCUUUGGCCAAGGAUGAUUUCCCCGAGAUCCUUGAUGUUACCAAGUGGGUAAAGGAGUACAUGGUCAGCGCCAAUCAGCGACACGGUGGUGCUGUCGAGGGCUUCAUUGGUGCGCGACUGAACCCUGAGGAGCAAGAGGCCAUCGUCAAGUACAUCCGAUAG